AGCGGUGCCGGUGUUUCCCCGCCCAGGGCGGAAGUGACGCACCCGCGGCGGCGGCCGCCGCCCCCCGCUCUCUAUGGUGGUUUUUUCUUUUUCCCUUUGGGCCCCGCGUCUCUUCCUCCGGCGAGACGGGAAAUGGCCGCCGAGCUGCCAUAAGGGAGCGGGGCCGCCGGGAGUUCCGCCCGCCAGACAAGAUCUGAAAUGGUCCGAUACACUACUGUGCUCCUUCAGAGACUCAUGCUUGCUGAUGAUGAGAAGUAAAAAGUUAAUCUUAUUAAAGCAUAUAUUUUGUAGAAAUUGGAAAUAUCUUGGUCACUACUAGUGAAUGGGAUCAGUAUUGCUGAAAGCACAAAUAGAGGGUUUUGAAAUAAUUGCUUCAUUGGCACCAACUAACAGUUUGAGCUGGGCAAUUUCAAAAGAAAAUGGUAAUGGGUCAAAGUUUUUUAUUAAUUAAAUUGGGGAUUUUUAGCCACUGAUCUGAAAAGAAAAGGAGUAUAUCUACUGGGAAAAAUGGGUCGAUCUAACUCUAGAUCACAUUCUUCAAGAUCAAAGUCCAGAUCUCAGUCCAGCUCUAGGUCAAGAUCCAGAUCACAUUCUAGAAAAAAGAGAUACAGUUCUAGGUCUCGGUCAAGGACAUACUCACGAUCUCGCAGCAGGGAUCGUGUUUAUUCUAGAGAUUAUCGCAGAGAUUACAGAAAUAAUAGAGGAAUGAGACGUCCCUAUGGUUACAGAGGAAGAGGUAGAGGGUAUUAUCAAGGAGGAGGUGGUAGAUACCAUCGUGGAGGUUAUAGGCCUGUCUGGAACCGAAGACACUCCCGAAGCCCUAGGCGUGGUCGGUCACGUUCCAGAAGUCCAAAACGAAGGUCUGUGUCUUCCCAGAGGUCCCGGAGCAGAUCUCGUCGAUCUUACAGAUCUUCCAGGUCCCCAAGGUCCUCUUCAUCUCGUUCUUCAUCCCCAUACAGCAAAUCACCUGUCUCUUCCAAAAGACGUGCGUCUCUGGAAAAGCAGGCAAAGAAAACUGAAGGGGCUCCUCUGCAAGAUAGCCCCUUGAAAAAUAAAUCACAAGAUGAACAGAAAGAUACAUUUGAACACGACCCAUCAGAGUCUCUUGACGAUUUUAACAAAUCAUCAGCAGCUUCUGGCGACAUUUGGCCUGGCCUUUCAGCAUAUGAUAACAGUCCAAGGUCACCCCAUAGUCCUUCUAUUGCCACCCCACCUAGUCAGAGUUCAUCUUGCUCUGAUGCCCCUUUGCUUAGCACAGCCCACUCAGCAAAGGACACACCUCAACAUUCCCAUUCCAUUCAGCAUAGUCCUGAGAGGUCUGGCUCUGGUUCUCUUGGAAAUGGUUCUAGCCGUUAUAGUCCUUCUCAGAAUAGCCCAUUGCAUCAUAUCCCUUCGAGGAGAAGCCCUGCAAAGACAAUCCCAUCACAGAGUGCUCCCCGUGAGGAGGCUCGAGUGCGGUCAUUUUAUCCUGAGGGUGGUGAACAGGAAACUGCGAAAGCUGGAAAGUUUAUGAAAAGGUACACAGAUGAAGAGUCUAGAGUAUACCUGCUUGAUAGGGGUAAUACCAGGGAGAAGGAGGCCCAGAAGGAGAGAGGAUCAGAAAAAGGGAGGACAGAGGGAGAAAGGGAAUGGGAGGAACAGGAAACUUUAGAUUUUUUCGUUGAUAAAGAGACUGGGAAAGAAAAGUUUAAUGACUCUGAAGGGGAGGACACAGAGGAGACAGAGGAUUACAGACAGUUCAGAAAGUCUGUCCUGGCAGAUCAGGGUAAAAAUUUUCCUACUGCAUCUCACCGGAAUGCUGAGGAGGAAGGAGCCAAAUACAAAUCUAAAAUAUCAGUCAAGGGCAAUAGAGAGAGCGAUGGAUUUAGAGAUGAGAAAAGUUAUAAGCUUAAAGAGACUGGCUAUGUAGUGGAAAGGCCUAGUGCAACAAAAGAUAAGCACAAGGAAGAAGACAAGAGUUCUGAGAGACUAAUGAUGAAGAAAGAAACUCAGUCACCUGAGCAGGUAAAGUCUGAAAAGCUCAAAGAACUCUUUGAUUACAGUCCCCCUCUACACAAGAAUCUGGAUGCGAGAGAAAAAUCCACCUUCAGAGAGGAGAGCCCACUUAGGAUCAAAAUGAUAGCCAGUGACUCCCAUCGUCCUGAAGUUAAACUCAAAAUGGCACCGGUACCUCUUGAUGAUUCCAAUAGACCUGCUUCCUUGACUAAAGACAGGCUGCUUGCUAGCACACUUGUCCAUUCCGUCAAGAAGGAGCAAGAGUUCCGAUCCAUCUUUGACCACAUUAAGUUGCCACAGGCCAGCAAAAGCACGUCAGAGUCAUUUAUUCAGCACAUUGUGUCGUUGGUUCAUCAUGUCAAAGAGCAAUACUUCAAGUCAGCUGGAAUGACCCUAAAUGAGAGGUUCACUGCAUAUCAAAAAGCUACUGAAGAACACUGCACCCGGCAAAAGAGCCCAGAAAUACAUAGGAGGAUUGACAUCUCUCCAAGUACCCUGAGGAAGCAUACCCGUUUAGCAGGUGAAGAGAGAGUCUUUAAAGAAGAAAGUCAAAAAGGAGAUAAAAAAUUAAGGUGCGAUUCUGCUGAUCUUCGGCAUGACAUUGACCGACGUAGAAAAGAGCGAAGUAAAGAACGAGGAGACUCAAAGGGUUCCAGGGAAUCCAGUGGGUCAAGAAAGCAUGAGAAAACUCCAAAAGAUUACAAGGAUUACAAAUCUUACAAAGAUGACAGUAAACAAAAAAGAGAUCAAGACCGUGCUCGGUCCUCCCCAUCUUCCUCCCCAUCUUCUUCCUCAUCCAGUUCUCGAGAAGAAAAGGAUUGCAAGAAAGAAAGAGAUGAAGAGUUCAAAACCCACCAUGAACAGAAAGAAUACUCUGGUUUUGCAGGAGUCAACAGGCCAAGAGGCACCUUUUUUCGAAUUAGGGGCAGAGGAAGAGCCAGAGGAGUCUUUGCUGGAACAAAUACUGGUCCCAGCAACUCAAAUACUACUUUUCAGAAGAGACCGAAGGAAGAGGAGUGGGAUCCUGAAUAUACCCCAAAAAGCAAGAAAUACUUCUUGCAUGAUGACAGAGACGAUGGUGUGGAUUAUUGGGCCAAAAGAGGAAGAGGCCGUGGUACUUUCCAGCGUGGCAGAGGGCGUUUUAACUUCAAAAAGUCAGGUAGCAGUCCAAAGUGGACACAUGACAAAUACCAAGGGGAUGGGAUUGUGGAAGAUGAAGAAGAAACGAUUGAGAAUAAUGAAGACAAGGACAGACGCAAAGAGGAAAAGGAAUAACCCUGGAAGAAAGUUGUAGCUGAAAGAGCAGCUCUUGCACCACCCACACAACAUUUUUAAUAUGUUUUUUUUGUUGUCAAAUGAAUGUAAGCAUUUUACUUAAAUUUUACUGUUGGAAAGUAGUUUAGAGGGAUUGUUUUUGUUUUAAGCCUUUAGAAAAAAAUCUUGAUAUAGUAAACUAUGUUAAUGAUCGUACAGGUAGAAAGUAAAAUAUUUGUAACAACUUUUAAGAAAUUUUACUGUUUGUUAUAUGCAGUGUAAUUCUGCUUUGUCCAAAUAUAUGGUCAAGUACAACUCUAAAAGUUUUGAUUCUCCCCUAUGUCUGUGUUUUAUUCUGAAGUAAACUUACAGCUCUGCACACCUGAAA